AUGUCUUUCUCUGCUUACGCUCAAUUAAAAUUGCCAAUUCCAACAUUGUCAGCUUCGUCGUCGCUUUUACCUUUGUUCAACCGUCGCCGUUACACAAUGAACGCCACGACGUUGGUCUCGGUUGAGCGAGACUUAUACUUCGAUGUGACCUUGUACGGCAUGUACAUUUUACUCUUCAUUCUGCCUUUUUUCGUAACCUAUGUCUUCACUGUGAUCGGAAAUACAGGCUAUCGCGAUGGGACAGUAGCGAGAGAGCCACCGAAAGUUCCGUACUGGAUUCCAUUCGUCGGAAACACGAUUGGCUUUGCUUAUGAUACAGAACGAUUUCUGUUCUCCAUUUUGCGCAAGUUUGGUAAAGUCCCUCUUCGAAUAUUCGUGGGCGCAGAGCCAAUGUACUUCAUCCCCCAUGGUCAAACAAUAGUCGAGCUCUUCAAGUCCUCUCGCUACCUCACUACCAAGACCUUCGGUAUCAUGACUGUCCGAGAUGCAUUCGGUCUUCCUCAGCCUGAUGUCGAGAUCUACGCGGGUGACGAUUCUGGCGUUGACGUAAAGCCUGCGCCUGGUUGGGAACAUGUUGAGCAAACGAAACGCUUUCACUUUGUGCAACAUCGUCAGUUAAACACUUUUCUAUCCGGGAGUGCUCUCAACACUAUGACAGGAAAGUUUUUAGGGGUUUAUUCAGAUCAUAUUGCUCAAGACACGACUUUUCGAGAUGGUGAAUGGGUUGAGGUCGAUGAUCUUUACACCUGGUUUAAGAAUCAUCUCCUUCACGCUGCGGUGGUAGCCUUAUGCGGUGAGCGAUUCCUUGAGCUAUCGCCGAAUUUUCUCGAAGAAUUCUGGUCGUUUGACUAUCACCUCCCCAAUCUUUUCAGAAGGUUACCCCGAUGGGUCGUUCCCAAGAGCUACCAAGCCAGAGAUCGUCUUCUGGAAUGUCUCUUCCGUUAUCACCAAUACGGGCAGCAAACCCUUGAUUUUACAGACGAAAAGCUUCUUCAGAAGGACUGGACCCCGGAAUUCGGUGCCAGACUUAUGAGCACGAGACAAGAGAUGUUCAAGAAUAUUGGGAUUUCACAAAGAGGUGGCGCUGCUCUUGACAUGGGCUUGGUGUGGGCGGUCAAUGCUAAUGCUAUUCCGGCUGCCAUGUGGAUGCUCCUGAGCAUACUUCUUGACAAGAAUCUUACUAAUAGAGUCAUGAUUGAGAUGGAACCUUCUUUCCAUGAGAAGUCUCUGUCUUUUGAUUUCGAUAGACUCUACUCUGCACCCCUUCUCAACUCAAUCUAUCUCGAAAUCCUUCGUGUUCACGUUGCAGCACCGGUGGGCCGAUCGUCACUUAUACCCAAUCUCAAAUUCGGAAAAUGGCAGAUGAAGCAAGGCGUCGGUAUGCUUUCAACAUCGUGGGUCGGUGGCCACGAUCCUGACUUUUGGAACACUGGGAGUAAACACCCAGAUGGAUCCGACGAGCACCCUGUAGACAAAUUCUGGGCCGAGCGGUUCCUCAAAUACGAAGACGAUCCAACUAGCGGUCCAGUUCGAAGCAUCGACAUCAAGCCUUCGCCAGAAAUUUCCAAGCGCACACCAGAAGAUGAUCGCAAAGCACGUGUCGUUACAGAGGGGACGCAAGGAUAUUUUUAUCCCUAUGGUGGCGGUACAAAAAUGUGUCCAGGUCGCUUCUUCGCUAAGCAACAACUCAUGGCAAGUGUUGCAGUGGCCCUGCGAGCUUAUGAGAUCGAACUCAUCAAUCCUGAAGCAGCGGCCAAGAUUGGACCGAAUAUGGAUUAUUUCCCGUUCGGUACGAUUCCUCCGAAGGGCAAGGUCCCUGCUAGAAUUAGAAGGCGACAACUAUAA